CGGCAGUGUGCGCGCGGAGUGUUCCGCCUUCAUAUCUGCGGGCGAUCGCCGGAACCGGCAGCAUGCUCAAGUCCAAAACCUUCUUGAAGAAGACGCGUUCGGGCAGGGUGCUGAAGGUGGUGCGCGAGCACUACUUGCGCGACGACAUCUGGUGCGGCAGCGAGUUGUGCGUCGAGUGCCGCCAGGAGUCGCCGCCGCCGCCGGUGCUGCAGCGGGACGCGUGCAGGGAGAGCAGCCUGUGCGCCUCGCGCCACUACAUCAUCCCGGACACGAACGUGGUCCUUCACCAGAUUGAUAUUCUGGAGGACCCUCUGAUCAAUAACGUGAUCAUCCUGCAGACAGUCCUCCAAGAAGUGAGGCACAGGAGCGCUCCAAUCUAUAAGAGGAUCAAAGAUGUUAUUCAUAAUGCAUCCAAGCACUUCUACACUUUUACCAAUGAACAUCACAGGGAAACCUUCAUCGAACGAGAGCAGGGAGAGAGCGCCAACGACAGGAAUGACAGGGCGAUUCGCACGGCAGCUCGGUGGUACAGCGAACACCUGAAAAAAGCGCCGGAUGGAGAGGAACUCCAAGUUAUCUUACUCACCGAUGACAAGGGGAACAGAGAGAAGGCCGAGGGAUGUGGUGUGAUUGCUUAUAAAUGUGAGGAGUACAUAAAGAGUCUGAUAGGCAGUCCUGAACUGAUGGACCGUCUUGCACUGUGCACAGAUGAUGCGAAUGAAAUCACCAGCAGUAAAAUCCUCUUCCCGGAGCAUCUCCCCCUCUCCCGCAUCCAGGCGGGCAUCAAGAGUGGCACUUUCCUCCAAGGGGUGUUCCGUGCCAGCAGGGACAACUACCUUGAGGCUACAGUCUUUGUCCAGGGCGAUGGGGACGACGGUACAGAGAUUCUGAUCCAAGGCCUCCAGAACCUGAACCGGGCUGUACACCAGGACUUGGUCGCCGUGGAGCUGCUGCCCCGGAACCUGUGGGUCACCCCGUCCUCCGUAGUGCUUGUGGAUGAGGGCCCUAAGGGUGAUGAAGAUGGAGAUGGAGAUGAGGAAGAGCAAAAAAUGCUCAAGUGUGAUGCCAGCGAAUCAAUGCUGAAGCCCACAGGGAAGAUCGUGGGGAUCAUAAAGAGGAACUGGAGGCCCUUUUGCGGGAUGCUCUCUCGCUCUGAGAUUAAGGAGGCAACAAGACACCUGUUUACACCUGCUGACCGCAGAAUUCCCCGCAUCAGAAUAGAAACCCGACAGGCCUCGGCUUUGAUGGGACAGAGGAUCAUGGUGGCCAUCGAUGGCUGGCCCAAGAGCUCCAGAUACCCCAAUGGUCAUUUUGUGAGGAGCUUGGGCAGCGCUGGGGACAAGGAGACGGAGACUGAGGUCCUGCUGCUUGAACACGAUGUUCCUCAUCAGCCCUUUUCUCAAGCUGUGCUGAGCUUCCUUCCCAAGAUGCCGUGGGCCAUCGCGGAAGAGGACAUGAGGAACCGUGUCGAUCUCAGGAAGUUGUGCGUGUGCAGCGUGGACCCCCCGGGAUGCACGGACAUUGACGACGCUCUUCACUGUCGAGAUCUGGGCAACGGGAACCUGGAGGUCGGCGUUCACAUAGCAGACGUCAGUCACUUCAUUCGACCCGGAAACACUCUGGACCAGGAGGCCGCGAGCCGAGGCACGACCGUGUACCUGUGCGAGAAGCGCAUCGACAUGGUGCCUGAGUUGCUGAGCUCCAACCUGUGUUCCCUGCGCUGCAAUGUAGACCGACUCGCGUUUUCUUGUAUUUGGGAAAUGAACCACAACGCCGAAAUCAUCAGCACCCGAUUCACAAAAAGCGUCAUAAACUCCAAGGCCUCUCUCACCUACGCCGAGGCCCAGCUGAGAAUAGACGAUACAAACAUGAACGAUGACGUCACGAGAAGCCUUCGUGGGCUCAACGCACUCGCAAAGAUCCUCAAGAAGCGAAGAAUUGACAAAGGGGCGCUGACCCUGUCGUCCCCCGAGGUCCGUUUCCACAUGGACAGCGAGACUCACGACCCCAUAGAUUUGCAGGCCAAGGAGCUGAAGGAGACCAACUCUUUGGUUGAGGAGUUCAUGUUGCUGGCCAACAUAUCGGUGGCACAGAAGAUUUACGACGAGUUCUCCGAGUGCGCUCUUCUCAGGAAGCAUCCAGCCCCGCCUCCUUCCAACUAUGACAUUCUCAGCAAAGCCGCAAAAGCAAAAGGCCUUGUGAUUCGGACCGAUUCGGCCAAGGCGUUGGCGGACUCUUUGGACAUGGCCCAGGUCGAGGGCUUCUCCUACUUCAACACCCUUCUCCGCAUCCUGGGCACGCGCUGCAUGAUGCAGGCCGUGUAUUUCUGCUCCGGCAUGGACAGCGACUUCCACCACUACGGCCUGGCCUCUCCCAUCUACACCCACUUCACGUCCCCCAUCCGCAGGUACGCCGACAUUAUAGUGCACCGGCUGCUCGCUGUGGCCAUCGGUGCCGACUGCACCUAUUCGGACCUGAUGGACAAACACAAGCAGGCGGCCCUGUGCAACAACCUGAACUACAGACACAAGAUGGCGCAGUACGCUCAGAGGGCCUCGGUUGCCUUCCACACGCAGUUGUUUUUCAAGAGCAGAGGCAUUCAGAAUGAAGACGGCUACAUCCUGUUUGUAAGGAAAAACGCCAUCAUCGUGCUCAUCCCCAAGUUUGGACUGGAGGGCACAGUGUUCUUUGAGAACAAGGAGAAGCGCGGUCCCCGUCUCUUGUUUGACGAAGAGGUUCCGUCGCUGACAGUGGAAGGUCACACCUUCAACAUGUUUGACAGAGUGAAAGUGACCAUCAGCUUGGACGCAUCCAACAUCCAGCACCAGAAAAUCCGAAUGGCGCUUCUCGAACCAGUGAUUCCAGGAGUGAGUAUGUCCCCGCCAGAGAUGGAGCCAGAGGCCAAGCGGGUCAAGCUCAUCUGAGCCGUUCUCCGACAGCUACUUCUCAAUAAAUCACUGUCCUUACUGUAACUCUUCGGUAUUUUUCGUAAAGCUACAGCAAUAUGCAAUGAGUGUAUUUUUUUCCAUAUGUAUAAUUUCAGUUUACAUCAGGAUGGAACAUUGUUACCUUUUGAGUGAACCCUUAACCUUCAGAUUCAUUAAGUCCUUUUAAAUUUGUCAAUACUUUUUUAAAUGUAUUUUGUCAUUG